AUGCGGCAGCCAGUUUGUGCACAGCAAGCUCCCACGAACAGCAAAGUGGUGGAUGUUGCUGAGAUCCAGGUGGAAAUCUGCGUGGAGCCUCACACCCGGGUUCCCUCGCCCAGAGAGGAUAGAGUGCAGCACGGCCCAGAGCAUCGCCCAGAGAUGAAGAGGCACUAUAAAGAGGACCGGGUGCGGGAGAAAGAGAAUGUUCCGGAGAGGAAAAUUGAGGAAGACAGUCCGCGAUUCCGGGAUACCAGUCAGUACGUCUUGGGGGAGCUCACCGCCCUGGAGAGUGAACAGAAGCAGAUCGACACCCGGGCGGCAGUGGUGGAGAAGGAACUGCGGAGCAUCAUGGAGACAGGGCGAGACAGGAUGGAAGAGGAGAACUUGAUCCAGGAGUGGUUCGUACUAGUGAAUAAGAAAAACGCACUGAUUCGGAGGCAGGACCAGCUGCAGCUGCUGGAGGAGGAGCACGACCUUGAGCGGAGGUUUGAGUUGUUGAACCGGGAGCUGCGGGCAAUGAUGGCCAUAGAAGAGUGGAAGAAGACCGAUGCACAGCAACGAAGAGAGCGCUUAUUACUGGAAGAACUAGUCUCGUUGGUGAAUAAGAGAGACACUCUAGUUCGGGAUCUCGAUGCAAAGGAGAGAUUGGCCGAAGAGGAGGAUGCGCGAUUGGAGCGAGGGCUGGAGCACAGGCGUCAGAAGUACAGCCGCCGGGAGAAGUGUGUGAUAAACUGAGCGAGAAGAGGAGAGAGAGAGAGAGAGAGAGAGAGAUAGAGAUCGAGAGAGAGAAACAGGACAAGAGCUGACUGCCGAGUUGGUCGAUUUGGCGCCAUUUGGGAGGUUGAUGCUCGACGAUGCCAAUAGCCUCUCGCCUGCUUCCCCAACCACCCCCCCCACAACCCCCACCCCAACUCGCCCCUUCCCGGGAAGCUGAGGCGAUUGCGAACUCAGUUGGGCGUGCGUCACCCCCCCGCGGCUGGUGUCUCUGAGACGGCGAGCAAUGGGAAUGGGCGGGGGGGUGGAGGGGGGGCGGAGAGAUGCCAUUUUUGCCUCAGUUUCUCCCUACGUGCUGCUUCAACUCCCCACUACCCCACACCCACCGCCCUCCCCCUCCUACCCUCUCCCCUC